AUGCAGAGAAGUAAGCGCGUCACGAAUCCUUCGAGUCUAGGCAUAUCACUGAUCGAGACGAUAUACGAGGAGGCCUUGCCAACACAGCUCAAAGCCCCGCGUCUACGUAAUUCGAGCCACACUGGACACGUGCAGCGCAAAGUCUACAUGAUCGCAGUUCGGCUCGCGCGUGCAGAUGGAUUGACCAUUACCCUGGCGGUCGGCAAGACCGGCAUGACCAUGACAGAUAUCCACUGCGGCGUGCUAAUCGAGUUGAUUAACAAUCCCAUCAAUACCGACGCAAUCGGUUCGCUUGAGAAGAUUGGGGGUUCAACUUCGUCCCAAGUCAUGCAUCUUCCCCAUAGCUCAUCCCCGAUCGACUCAUCUCAAUUUCAGAGUCUCCUCCUGACGGACGAGCGAACCUCUAUCUAA